AUGUUAAUCUUAGGAAUACGAUACGAUUGUGUUUGUUGUAAUGUCGACAUGUCCGUCUUCCACGCAACAACAACGAUAGAGAGAAAGGAUAACUUUGAAGAUGUGAGACUUUCUCCUGUAAAAGAACACCUGUUGUACUUAGAACAUGAAAACAAAGUAGGAUCUGGAAUUCGUCAGCCUAAAGUGGCUCUUGGUUACGGCGCAUGCCAUGAUCUCUUUGUAAAUGCAACGUCAUUGUUAAACCCUAAAGAUUUACGAGGAAGCCCAGAACAUUUUAACGAAAUAUCCAAUAUGGAAGAAUUUUUAAAGAGUUUUACUUACUUUUUCAAGCAUGGAGCAGCUGCAGAGCGAUUUAUGUCAAACAGCGAGCUCUAUGAUGAACUUGUUAAAAUAUCUCUCACUCUACCAGACUCGAGAUAUGCCAUUGGUGGAAAUGCACCACUUAUGGCAAAUAGAUUUUUUAUGGAAGGAUGGAAAGUUUUACUAGGUGCUAAAAUGAGUAAACGAUUGAAAAACUACAUUCCAAAAGAUAUCCAAAUAGUGGGUGAUGAUGAAAAUGAGGAAGUAAAGGAUGAUGUCCACAUGAUUUUAGAAUAUAGAGCUGAUGAACAAUUUGGCAAAUACAAAUCCCCCAGAGCUAAUAGAUACAUAAUGCAUAAUGAUGAAAACAACCCUUUAUUGACUUCUUUGGAAAAGCUUGGAGAAUAUUUGCCCAAUUUUAAUCCUAACUUACUAGUUAUUAGUGGAUUGCAAAUGAUGGAUAACUUUCCUUUCAAACAAAAUGGCAAAGAUUUAAGAGCCGAAAGAUUGGAUUUAGUAAAGAAGCAAAUAUUAUCACAGCCGUUGAACACUUUGGCUCACUUUGAAAUGGCAAGCUAUGUAGAUCUAGAAUUACUUUUGCAUUUAACUACAAAAGUUUUACCUUAUGUAGACUCUGUCGGUAUGAACGAACAGGAAUUAUCUAAUCUAAACAGUAUCCUAGAAUAUGGAAAAGUUAUUGUUGUUGCUGAUUCUAACCCAAGAGUGGCCACUGCAUUGGACCAAAUGCGUAAGACAUUCCAAAUAAUCAGACAAAAGAAUAAAGAGUUUGGAAGUAAAAGAAAAUUGACACGAAUCCAUGUGCAUACAUUAGCUUACCAAGCUAUUCUAACAGUGAAAAACUCAAAUUGGAAGCGAACUAAGGCUGCUGCAGCAAAAGCCUCACUGACAGCUCACAGAUAUGUUUGCAACAGCUCCAACAUAGCUCUAGACAAGACUAAACUGCUUCUUGAUGACAGUUUUUCAACAACCACAGAUGACAAUAACAAUAGCCGUGUAUUCCUUAAGCCAACAGAGCCAGUGGCUUGUUGGGAUGAAGUACUGGACGAUGAUGAAGUAGACAUUUGUGUAGCCCCUGUGCUCAUCUGCACCGAGGCCCAACUGACGGCAGGUGCAGGUGAUAACAUUUCUGCUGCUGGAUUGGUGUUACAAAUUGAGAAA